GUGUCCUUCCUCGUCGUCCGUUGCCUCGUAUUAGGAUUAGGAAUCAGCUUACCGGUGCCCUGUUUCUUCCUUGGAGCGACCCAUCGCCUGCUCUUCUAUUCAUUCGUUGGGAGGUUAUCUUCUUCGGCAACCGUUAUCAGCUCUUGCAGGAUUAGAAUUCCGAGCUCCUGGUGCUCCUCUUCUUCCCAAGUUGCCCCUAACCUGCCCUUCUAUUUGUUCGCUACGUGAAAGUGUGCGUUGACAGUUUGGAAUCGGCCAGAAACGCUGAGCGAGGUGGUGCCAGUCGUCUGGAGCUCUGCUCCAGCCUGUCACUGGGAGGUUUGACGCCCACCGUCGGUUUCGUUCGGUCAGUGAAAAACUGUGUCAAGUUGCCCGUGUUCGCCAUGAUACGGCCACGAGAGGGUGAUUUCGUCUACGAUCAAGACGAACUUGACGUCAUGGAGCAGGACGUCAAUUCGCUCAAGGAGAUUGGAGUCGAUGGAUUUGUCUUUGGUGCCAUCCAUCCAGACGGCGCCGUUGAUCGAGAAGCCUGUCUUCGAUUGAUUGGAUCUGCCUAUCCAUUACCGUGCACUUUUCAUCGGGCUUUUGACGUUUCGGCGGAUGCUUUCGUCGCCAUGGAGGAGAUAAUCCAGUUGGGAUUUCGCCGGAUUCUGACGAGCGGUCAGCGUGAGUCGGCCGAAGCCGGCCUGGAACUCAUUGUCCGAUUGCGAGAAAUAGCCGAUGGGCGGAUCGUCAUCAUGGCGGGCGCAGGUGUGACGGAAAAGAACGCCGCUUCGAUUGUAUCGGCCUCUGGAGUUGCCGAGAUUCACGGCUCGGCCAGCCGCCAAUGUGACUCUCAUCUCAACUCGAUCCGAAUGGGUAGCGGGCCGGAAGUCGGGCGCAAACGGGUCACCCAUUCGGAUCUCGUCCGACUCAUCGUUCAGUCCAUAUCCGGCCACGCUCCAAUUACCUGUCAAACAAACUGAAUGAUUCCCCAACAGGUUCUCUUUUUUAAAAUAACCCGUUAUUAUGCAUCGCCUCUAGAAAAAUAGAUGUACAAGUCUUAAGUUUUUACAUUCAUCACGCACUAAUUGCGGCCUUCCUGUUGACAUUAUUGCCACUCCACCCCCACCCAUUCAAAAAAUGAUGAUCCGUUCAGUUGUUAAGUUUUAUCUUGACAUUGUUUGUUACAGUUGUGCUACAGCCUCUACAUUCGUUAGCGAUUCGGCACGCCAAUUGAACAAAGAACCGUAGCUAAAAUACAAUAUAACAUUUAACAACUGCUUACACCAUAUGGUCCGAUGCCGCUGUCGCAUUCUUGUGGUUUUCUUUUUUCUUUUUGGUGGGGGGACUAUAGGGGAGAGAACCUUUUUCUGUGUGUGCGGAUGACGUAACGGUCUUUCUAUUGUGGAUACCCAAAAAAUUUAAUUCAUUGCCCGGGUAUCACCCGCGCGAAAUAACAUGGAAGCGCCGGCUAGAAAGAAAAUGGGCAACGGGUUCGGCUAUUCUUUCGUCGACAUCCAGUCAGUGCGGAUCAAUCAGUCCCCCCUUCGUCCCGUGCGCCAGUGUGACAACCGAAAUAAUGAAGAAAUUGGCGAUACAUUUCCUUUUGGUGACGUCGUGUUUAACAAUCAGUGUUUGUGACGGAUUUCUGCAACUGAACAGAACCGAUUCCGCCGGAGUGCAGCACACCAGCGCUGCCUAUUGGCUCUACGCGUCCAAAUUGCGUCCGGCUCUGGAGGCCUUCCACCCGGCUGUGAGAAUCUGGUUGAACGGAGUUGUAGGUGAUCGAUUGGCUGAUGCGGCCAGCGGUUUCACCAAAAUCAUCACCAUCAAUGGGAAGCGCUUCCCGUUACUCCGCAAACUCGUUCGAAGUCGAAUCUUGCGCUGGAUCGCUUUUCUGGGCUUCCUCAAAGUCGCCUUUUCGCUGUUCGUUAUUGUCGUCCUUCCCAACAUUUAUUUCUACGCCAUGACGAAGAUGAGGGAUUGAAGUCAACCACCAACACCCGUUCGAUUUGUCUUUAUUGUUGUAACAAUUUCAGUGUUUGUGUGUUGUGUGUGAUUUAAAAAAGAAAAAGGAUCGUUACAGUGUUGCCACUGGGGAAAAAAUCUAAUCC